AGCGCUUGAGAGCGACGGCUAAAACCUUCUUUGGGAUGGGAGAGCCGCCGGGGAGGGCCGAGCGGCGUGACGCGGGCGGGACGACGGAGGGGGAGGAGGAGGACCGGUGGGCGCAGCUCCCGCCGGAGCUCCUCCCGGUCGUCUACAAGAAGCUGCCGGACUCGGCUGACUUCGUGCGCUUCCGGACGGUGUGCAGGGCGUGGCGCGACGCCGCCCCGGUGGACGACCCGCCGUCGCAGCUGCCGUGGGUCGUCCAGCGCCGCGGGUCCGCGUUCCAGGCGGCGAGGGCCCACUUCCGGUUCUACUCGCCUAGCUCCGGGAGGACGUACAGCGUCCGCGGCUACGGCGGCCGCUCCUGGCUCGUCGUGGCCGGCGCGUGCCAGGAGUAUCUCGUCACCACCGUGGACCUCUCCACGACGGCGCUGUACAACCCGCUCACCGGGGACCGCCUCGCCCUGCCCCCCGCGCCGUACCCGCAGUGGCGCCACGGCGUCGUCCACGUCGUCGCCGACGCCUGGAACUGGCUGGUGGUGAACACCUCCACGAGGACGCGCCACUUCGGGUACUGCCGCCCGGGGGACACCAAGUGGAGCCUGGUCGACGGGCACCAGGACAUGGGCCACCGCGCGUACCACCGCGGGCGGUUCUACGUCAACACGAGCGCGCAGGAAACGCUGGUGAUCGACGCGUCCACCGGCGCCGUCGAGUCCGUCCUGCCGCCGCCGCCGCCGCCACCGCCCCGCUCGGCCGGCGGCGGCGGCGGCGGCGUCUCCUGCGGCGACUAUCUGGUGGAGUCGCGCGGGAAGCUGAUCAGGGCCGUCCUGUUCCCGCGCGACGGCGUCGUGGCCGCGUCGCCCGAGGACUACCACCUCAACGUGUACCAGCUGGACGAGGCCCCGCACGACGGGAAGGCCGCAGCCGCCGCGAUGUGGGCCAAAGUCGACAGCGUCGGGGACCGCGUGCUGUUCUUCGACAGGCACGGGCACGGGUUCUCGCUGGAGGGCAACGGCGCGGCGGAGCUGAGGCGGGACUGCGUCUACUUCAUGCACGAGAAGCGGACGUGGGUGGACGCCGGGGAGCACAGGUUCCUGUGUCGGUACAGCAUGGAGGACCGGGAGGUCGAUAGAGUCGUGUCGCUGGCCGACACGUUCGGGGACACCUGGGUUGUCCCCGGACUGUGCCCGUCCGAAUAAGACGCGUCCCGGCGGCGUCAUUGGUUUUCUGCGGUGAUCCUUGGUAGCUUGUUUCCCUCCCCCUAAUUUCGGAUGCAAAAUUAGGUGGAUGUUCGUAGUUGCUCCGGGGGGAUGGAUUGGCCUCAGAGAAGAGGCCUUGGGUUUUAUGUGUCUCAGACAACAAUGGGCAACAAAUUUGCAUGUUUUGUGAUUAAUAAAAUUUAAUUCUAGUGUA